ACUCCUUGCCGCUCUCGCUACAGCACCAACAUCAUCUAUAAUCAAGAUGACAUCUCGCCCGCUCAAUGACGAUGAAGUUCUCAGUGAAAUGACCAAAAUGGUCGCGUUCAUCAAACAGGAGGCAAUGGAGAAGGGCCGCGAGAUACGAGUGAAGGCGGAUGAGGAGUUUGCGAUAGAGAAGGCGAAGCUUGUCAAACAAGAGCAGCAGGCUAUCGACGCUCAGUACGAGAAGAAGCGCAAAGGUUCUGAGACCGCUCAGAAGAUCGCGCAAUCAACCCUGACAAACAAGUCUCGUCUGAAGCUUCUUCACCGCCGUGAGGAGCAUUUACAGGAGCUCUUCAACACUGCCCGCUCAGCAAUUCUAGAGCUUGCGGAAGAUGAGGGUCGUUAUGUUCAGUUCCUCGAGGGUGUCAUCGUUCAGGGUCUGCUUCAGAUUCUUGAGCCCGACGUCACUGUGUAUGCUCGUGCGAAGGACGAGGAAGUUGUCAGUCAAGCGGCUGAGGCAGCGAAAAAGAGCUUUGUUGAGAUCAGUGGAAGAGAUGUGGAAGUCGUGAUUGAAGCAACGCUGAGUGACGAACUAGCUGGUGGUGUGAAACUCACUAGCGGUACUAGGCGGAUUCAGGUCAAUAACACUCUUGACGAACGUCUGAGGCUUCUCGAGGACAGGAUGCUGCCAGAGAUCCGGCAUGACCUAUUUGGCCCGAACGAGAAUCGCAAGUUCUUCACAUAGGUUUCGUGGCGCACAUAAGGACCUGUGAUAUGCUGCAUAUGUACUGCUCAACGUUCAACGCUUGUCAGUGUUUAUGCCUUCUU